CACAUACCGUGUUUUUCGUUUAUUGCAAAGAUCCAAAGCGUUUCCUUUUUCCAAACAUGUCUUACCACGAAGAGGGUGGAUUGGGGGAAUUAUGUUCCAUUGGUGGAGGCUUCAAAUUGAUCGAAUCAGUGGCCUCCAUUAUUUGCUGUAUGCUACACCGCAUCGGAAACCGGGGACAACAAAUCUUUUUUGGAGCCACAGAUAUGAUCCUGCAUUCCCAAGAUGAUCGCUACGAGACAGAAGCCGACACCGAGAUCAUUGGAUCGGGAACGGUAACGGCCUUUGCCAUCAUCUCGCCUCUCCUCCUCAUGACAUACAUUGCCGAAGGACGAUCGGCAGUCCAAAGAACUUUCAUGGAUGCCGUAUUCAGUCUUGCGGGAGGCGGACUAUUCCUGGCCACUGGAGGGAUGACUUGCUUUGCAUGGAACAACGCUUUGACAACCAAUGCCAACAUUGGACGACGUGACUAUGAGGCGGCUGGAGCUUUGGGCGUAAUGUCAUUAGCUACGGGAGUCUUGUACAUCAUUGAUUUCUUUUACUUGAUGUACCGUCGAUCGGUUAUUCUGGAGCAAGAGGAAAUGGAGCAAAAUGGUUAUUAAUUAGUUUGUCAAGAAUACUCGAGUCUAAGACAUAUUGGCACUCGCAUCUUUAAUAAUAUCUUCAUCGCCAAAGUCGAGGGAUUGGCAUGCACGUCAAUUUUCACUCUUUGGCAACAGAGAGGCAUUGUCUUAUCAAGAUACCAGUCCACAGCAUGCAAAUGAAUAAACAGACCUAUGUAAAGUAA